AUGUAUGUUGAUGAUUUGUUAGUAACAGGUGAUGACAAGGAUAGAAUUCAGAAAUUCAAAAUGGAAAUGCAGAAGCAAUUUGAAAUGUCAGAUCUUGGUAUCAUGCACUACUUUCUUGGAAUGGAGAUCAUGCAGAAAGAUACAGGUAUUUUAAUGUCUCAAUCCAAGUAUGCCAAAGAUUUGUUGAAGAAAUGGAAGAUGAAAGAUUGCAAACCAGUUUCUGCACCAAUGGCCUGCAAUGAGAAGCUGUCAAAAAAUGAUACAGGUGAAAAAGUAAAUGCUACCAUGUUUAGGAGUAUCAUUGGAGGUCUUUUGUUCCUCACACACACCAGACCUGAUAUUAUGUUUUCUGUGAGCUAUUUAUCAAGAUUUAUGCAUGAACCAUGUGAGAAACAUCUUAGAUGUGCUAAAAGAAUCCUGAAAUAUGUGAAAGGGACUGCCAAGUAUGGGUUAUGGUUCAGUUCAAAAUGCUCAGGUGAAUUAAUGGGUUUUUCGGACUCAGAUUGGGCUGGAAAUGAAGAUGACAGCAAAAGUACUUCAGGUUAUGUAUUCACUCUUGGAAAUGGUGUGUUUUCUUGGUGCUCAAAGAAACAAGAAGUUGUUGCUCAAUCCUCUGCUGAAGCAGAAUAUGUUGCUGCUGUCUCUGCAGCAAAUCAAGCAAUCUGGAUUCAGAAAAUACUUUCAGAUUUGGGCAUAAAUGUUAGUUCACCUAUGGUCAUUAAUGUGGACAACAAAUCUGCCAUUUCUCUUGUUGAAAAUCCAGUUCUUCAUGGCAUUUCCAAGCAUAUUAGAGUCAAGUUUCAUGUUAUAAGGGAGAUGGUGGCUAAUGAAGAAAUCAAGUUGAAUUAUUGUCCUUCUGAAGCUCAAGUAGCAGAUGUUUUAACCAAAAGCCUUCAAAAGGCAAAGUUUGAGCAUAUGAGAAAUAUGUUGGGGGUACAUGAAACAAUUCCCAAGGAGGAGAAUGUUAAUUGA